AGCUUGAAAUGCUGCUAGGAGUCUCACGAAAAGCUACCCGGCCCUAUCCUGUUGUCGACAAUACGGAAAGCUAGCGUCAAAAUGAUGGCCACACGUACCGUUGCUGUUGACUUUGCCAAGGUCUACUCUUCCUUGCAGCUUGGCAGGCAAACCGUGUCUGGCCUCCAGGCCUUCCGGAAGAGGGCUGACGAUGCCCGCCGUCAGCUCAACCAACUCAAGGCUGAGAGGACUGACAUCGACUUUGCUCACUACAAGGCUCUCUUGAAGAACCAAGACGUCGUAAACCAGGCUGAGAAGAUCCUGAAAGACUUCAAGCCCGUCACAUACGAUGUCGCUGCCCACUUGAAGGCAAUUGACGCCUUCGAGGCCAAGGCUGUUGAGCAAGCACAAGAAACAGCGGCAAAGAUCGAGUCUGAACUCAAGGACCUCAGGGCAACGCUCAAGAACAUCGAGGACGCCCGGCCAUUUGACCAGCUCACCACCGACGAGGUCAUCGCUGCUAGGCCAGAGAUUGGAAAGACAGUCGAGGAGAUGGUCAAGAAGGGCAAGUGGGAAACGCCAGGAUACACGGAGAAGUUCGGCAACCUCAGCGCGAUCUAAGACGUAUCAUAGACAUUUCACUCGCUGUAUUCAGGAUGAACCCAGACAAGGCUAUGCGUUCGACCAGCGGGGGUGACCGGAUCCGAGUGAGGAGUCAGGAGGGCAGGAGGAUGAUGAAUGCUGGAAAGGGACACGCCAGGCCUUCUGUGCAGUCGCAGAUCGCUGCUGAUGCUUAUACAGUACAUGCUGAUCAUGCAUCGAGGUCUUCCAUCUUGCACUCUCUAUCAUACAAGGUCACCUUUCCAAAUGGAUCCGCGAGAUCGCGAGUGGACUGUCGCAUCAGUCACGCCUCCUAGGAG